CAGGAAGUUGUGAACAGAGUUUAAAAACUGCUGCAGGACUGCAGACAUCCCCAGGAAGCUGGACCAGCAAUGAAGGUUCUGUUGCUGCUGCUGGUGCUGGGAGUUUCAGUGAACUCAGACGUUUCUCGGCAGAAGAGAAUCAUUGAAGGUGAUGACUGUGAUGACGAGGAACGUCUUUAUCAUGUUCGCCUGUGGAACAUAAAGGGUAAAGAAAAGUGGCGCUGUGGAGCAUCUCUGAUCCACCCUCAGUGGAUCCUGACUGCAGCUCACUGCUGGAGGUCGGCGCCAGGAUGGACUCACGUAGCAAAGUUAAAAGUUCAUCCGCGCAGUGCUGGCCAGCAGAGUCAGAAAAUCUUUCACAAUCCUGUGAUUUAUACUCGCCGCCGCAAGAAGCACGACAUCAUGUUGCUGAAGCUUCGGAGACCAGUGACAGACGUCCAACCUGCUCAGCUACCAGACUGCAGUUACCAUCUUAAAAUAGGCGAUGUCGUUCAGCUGGCAGGAGAGGGAGGAACGAUAAUCGGCCCCAAUUAUCAGCGAAUAACCAAAACUCCUCUUCCACCACAUCUUCAGUGUGUUGACAUGAAUGUUGAUGCUGUUUCCCACUUCAUGCCGAAACGUGGGCAUAUAUUCCGUGCUGCAGCACCGGACAAAGACGUAUGUCAUGGCGACUCUGGUGGAGCAGCGGUGUACAGCGGCAUGAUUUAUGGUGUGAUUUCUUUAACUGGAAAAGUUCCAUGUCAGAAAUCAGCUGUGAUCAUGGAUGUGUGUAAAUACAUGAGUUGGAUAAAAAGAACAACUGGGCUUAAAUAAAAUAAACUUAUUAUGAAAUGAAAUUCUCAUCAAAUUUCCUCUCAGAUGUAAUUUUAUAGUUGCAUCUUCAUCAGUUUGUCCCACAUUUUUGUAGAAUAAGGGAAAAAUUAAUUUAGUUUUUUCUCACUUGACCUUGACCUCCCUAAUGGAGCUUUCUCUGCCUCAGAAAUGAAAAAAUAAUCAAUAAAUUAA